AAAAACAAAACAAACCCAACCAGGAUUAAAACUCACCGAAGGACUUUCUAGUCUUGCACAGGAGAACUCAAAGCAGCUUGUCUGCCAGGUUACCCAUCAAAGGGACGACGUCCCUCUGUCACCAUGGGGUCAGUCGUGUGGGAAUGUGGUUAAAAGCUUGAAAAACUUAAACUAAUUCAUGGCAUUUUGGACUGAGAAAAGGGAAGGUUCCUUGCACACCUGCCUCAAAUACAUCGUCCCCUGGACUGGGCUGAGGAUGUUGAACACAAAGACUGUUCCAGUUUGGAAGAGCCUCAAACAAGGACUGGGAAUAUCGUUGUCGAGGUGAAACCCGAGGAUACAGGAGGAGCUGGAAGGGCCGCAACCGGCCCCGUUCCCGGUGUGGAAGGAUGGCUGGGAGCUGGAUUUUGUGUUCCCUUUGGCUGUUGGAUGUUUUGGUGGGGCUCACGGGGGGGCACAGCCUGUUUUCUUGUGAGCCCAUCAUCCUGAGGAUGUGCCAGGACCUGCCUUACAACACCACCUUCAUGCCUAACCUCCUCAACCACUAUGACCAGCAAACAGCAGCUUUGGCCAUGGAGCCCUUCCACCCGAUGGUGAAUUUGGAAUGCUCCCGGGAUUUCCGACCCUUCCUGUGUGCCCUGUACGCCCCGGUGUGCAUGGAAUACGGGCGGGUGACCCUGCCCUGCCGCCGGCUCUGCCAGAGGGCCUACAGCGAGUGCUCCAAGCUCAUGGAGAUGUUCGGGGUGGCCUGGCCCGAGGACAUGGAGUGCACCAGGUUCCCGGACUGCGACGAGCCAUACCCUCGCCUUGUUGACCUCAGCUCGGCCGGGGAGCCCACGGAGGAGGCCCCAAUGGCAGUCCAGAGGGAUUAUGGCUUUUGGUGCCCUCGGGAGCUGAAAAUAGACCCCGACCUGGGCUACUCCUUCCUGAGGGUGCGCGACUGUUCCCCUCCCUGCCCCAACAUGUACUUCCGCCGCGAGGAGCUCUCCUUCGCCCGCUACUUCAUCGGCGUCAUCUCCAUCGUCUGCCUCUCCGCCACCUUGUUCACCUUCCUGACCUUCCUGAUCGACGUCACGCGGUUCCGCUACCCGGAGCGGCCCAUCAUAUUCUACGCCGUCUGCUACAUGAUGGUGUCCCUGAUCUUCUUCAUCGGCUUCCUGCUGGAGGACCGCGUGGCGUGCAACGCCUCCAGCCCCGCCCAGUACAAGGCGUCCACGGUGACCCAGGGCUCCCACAACAAGGCCUGCACCAUGCUCUUCAUGGUGCUCUACUUCUUCACCAUGGCCGGCAGCGUGUGGUGGGUCAUCCUCACCAUCACCUGGUUCCUGGCCGCCGUGCCCAAGUGGGGGAGCGAGGCCAUCGAGAAGAAGGCCUUGCUCUUCCACGCCAGCGCCUGGGGAAUCCCGGGCACUCUCACCAUCAUCCUCUUGGCCAUGAACAAGAUCGAGGGCGACAACAUCAGCGGCGUGUGCUUCGUCGGCCUCUACGACGUGGACGCGCUGAGAUACUUCGUCCUCGCCCCUCUCUGCCUCUACGUCGUCGUGGGAGUCUCCCUCCUCCUGGCCGGGAUUAUCUCCCUCAACCGGGUCCGCAUCGAAAUCCCGUUGGAAAAGGAGAACCAGGACAAGCUGGUGAAGUUCAUGAUCCGCAUCGGCGUGUUCAGCGUCCUGUACCUCGUGCCGCUGCUGGUCGUCAUCGGCUGCUAUUUCUACGAGCAGGCCUAUCGCGGCGUGUGGGAGACCACGUGGAUCCAGGAGCGCUGCCGGGAGUACCACAUCCCGUGUCCCUACCAGGUGCCUCAGAUGAGCCGCCCGGAUUUGAUCCUGUUCCUCAUGAAGUAUCUCAUGGCCUUGGUGGUCGGGAUUCCCUCCGUGUUCUGGGUUGGGAGCAAGAAGACCUGCUUUGAGUGGGCCAGUUUCUUCCACGGGCGCAGGAAAAAAGAAGUUGUAAACGAGAGUCGCCAAGUGCUGCAGGAGCCAGACUUCGCCCAGUCUCUCCUGAGGGAUCCCAACACCCCCAUCAUCCGAAAGUCCAGGGGCACUUCCACGCAGGGCACCUCGACCCACGCCUCCUCCACCCAGCUGGCCAUGCUGGACGACCAGAGGAGCAAGGCAGGGAGCGUCCACAGCAAAGUGAGCAGCUACCACGGCAGCCUGCACCGCUCGCGGGACGGACGGUACACUCCCUGCAGCUACAGAGGAGUGGAGGAACGACUACCUCACGGCAGCAUGUCCCGACUGACCGACCACUCCAGGCACAGCAGCUCCCACCGGCUGAACGAGCAGUCACGGCACAGCAGCAUCAGGGACCUCAGCAGCAACCCGCUGACACACAUCACGCACGGCACCAGCAUGAACCGCGUCAUCGAGGAGGAUGGCACCAGUGCCUGAGCCCGGAGGAGCGCUCCCAGAGCGUGGAGUGGUUGCUCAGCUCGUGGUCCCUUCCUCAGUAUUAUCAUCCUCUCGUCAGGUGCUGAAUUUGGGCUGAAUCAGGAAGCCAAAAGCGGCGUCGCAGCCGGACGCUCUCGAGGAGCUCCAGUGUUCAGCUGUCCCGAAUUCCUGAGUAAAAAGCCUCCUUUGAACCUCUCUGUAGGUGAUUAUUUAUUCCAUGGCUGGUCCUCAUCAGACACCACUCCUGAAAAUCUUUGUGGAAAAUGGUCUCCCUUUUCCUCCCUCUCUCCCUCUGCGUGUCGGGAGGUGUCACCCCGAAAACUCACUGCCGGGGUUGCACUGAGGGUUUUUCUGGUGAGACUUGGGAACUCCUGGUUGCUGAAGGAAUUCCUCAGCACACCUCCUUGACACAAUUCCUGCCUGUCUCCGUCGUGUACAUCAGGAGAAGACACAUCAAAUGCUGCCCGAGGGACACCUGUGCGAGCUGGGAUGGUCACACUGGAAACACAAGGGAGAAGGAAACCCCACUGAGGAUCCCCAGCUCUUCCCAGAGCUGCUCAGGCUCAGCCGCUGGGACGGGGUGGGAGGGUGGGGGGAAGAGACACAGGCAGGAAAGAGCAAUUUUUUUAUAACUUGUAAUUGUCCUUGCUUUUUUACAAAAAGACUAUUUAAAUUUUCUACUCGUUUACAGUUUCUGUAGGAAGAGAACGGCUUUUCAAACCAGUUAUCAAGAUGAUAUUCAGCCACUUAUUUUUUAGAGUCCUGUACAGAAGCUGAGAUUGCCUGUUCCUGAUCUAUUUAAAAAAAAAAAAAUUAUAAUAGAAAAGCUGAAUUUUUCCCCCAACCAGGAAUGUAGAGCCCGUUCCCUACAACCAGAGCAAGGCCUGUUUCCGAGCCCCAGCUCCACGGUGAGGAAAGGCUGAGGCCAAAAGGACCGGAGGAGUUUAUUCAGGGAUGAUCCGCCUGCCUUGCGAUGUCACGGCUGGUUUGGGGAGGAUUCUCUGUGCUGAGCAAGAAUUAGAAAAUGAGUGGGAGAAAUCCAGGCAGGAGCUGCCCACAGACGGGGAAAGAGCAGGAUGUGGCAGCCGGAAUUGCUGUCUUGAGGAGGAGGAGAUGGGAUCCAUUGUAAAUUUUUGGCUCCUUCCCAGCCAGGGAUUUUGCAUUAUGGAUCAACCUCUGCUGUAGGGUGUUUUCUUCUCAUUCAGAUUCACAGUGGAGAAUUCUCACUUUGGGCUUUUUUAAUGUGGAAACACUCUGUUGGGAUGCACUGGAGGCAGAAGUGGAGGCACGUCCUGGACGGUGCCGUGGAUCUUCUGGAGCAUCUGCUGUCGGGAUUCAUUCAGCGUGAGGAAACACUGAUCCCAUGUAAACCUACCUCAGUAAUUACUACAGACCAUUGCUGGGAGAUGAAUCCAUAUUUUUGCAUUGUCCUUACGUAAUUCCCUUUCCGAGGCACGUUGGAGAAGCCUUUGGAGACGGUUUGUGUGGCACAUCCUCGAGGGCAGGGACAGGGCAGCAGCUCCCGGGCUGCUCCACAAUUACUCCUGUUAAUUGUUGCUGAUGACACAACAGCAAAGCCGGGGGAUCAAGGGCUGCCUCGGGAGGCACCGAGUCUUAGAGAUACAUUUAUCCUAAAUUGAGAUACAUUUUUCCUAAAUUGUCCUCCUUGCUUCCACCGGGCUUCUUGCUCCAAAGGAGAGGCACAGAGGGAACCCGGCGUGGAAUCACAGUCCAGGGAGGGAGUUCUGCACCCGCUCCCCCGGGGCAGAGCACACUCUGCUGUGCCUGUUUGCUCAGCAAACAGCCCCGGGGGCCAUCCCCAGGGAUAACCGGCUGUCCGCAGGGAUAACUGCCCAGAUCCCUACAGCGCCUCUUCCAAAGCAGAAAGGGUGUGGAAAAUCCCGAAGCCAGCAAAACUACAACUCCCUGGAAGCCCCAGAGGUGGAGCCUUUGUUAUUUUCAGGUUCAGCUCCUACUAAAUAACCUGCUGCUUCAAAGGGAUGAUCCAUUCAGGAAUCUGGAUCUGCAGAAGGAGCCAGGAAGCUGAGUUUUCUUAAGCACUGGACCCGGACUAAAUAAGCUCAAGUGUUUACAUUGAUCUUCCUGGCUCAGUUUCCAGUACCUUUUUAUAUAUAUAUUUAUAUAUAUAUAUAAAUUUUAGCCAUGCUUUUACUUGUUUAGAGUCAGGGAGGGGAACAGUGAUGGAGGUUUGAAACAGAUCCUGCUGGAAAUGUUAAUUUGGGAGGUUCAGUCCCCCUGUUGCCUCCAGAUGGGAAUAUCUCGGCUGUUCCUUGCUCAUGGAUCCUGUAAAGGACAGACUCCUGUCACCCCAGAGAGGUGAUUAAACCUCAAAUUAGAGUUCUGGUUGGGGCUUUUUGCCUCCCUGCUGCCUCUCUUUUAUCUUCAAAACCUGAGCUCUGGGCAGAGCAUUCCUCCCGGGAUUUUGAAGCCCAUCCCCGAUGUCAGAUUGUCCCAGCCCUGGUGCAGUUCCACAGCCAGGGCACUUCAGCUCCCAAACCAUCCUGCCCAGGGGCUCUGACCCAUAUCCCAGUUGGAAUGUGGCCCAGCCACCACCUCUGGCAGGGGCACCAGGCACGUUUUUGGGGUCCUUUCCUAACUUUGGCACAUCCUGCUCACCGGGAAGAGCUCCAGCCUGGGCACCGGAUUUCUGGGAUUGGUGCCAAGCUUUAAAUUCCCCUGGAGCUUAAACCCCUGCUUUAAUAAGCCCCUGCCCAGGAGGACAGUUGAGCAGUCACUGGAACACUCCGGGUGCUUUGGGCUUUGGCUGCCUGGAUGUUCCUGCAGCUGAACACACAUUCCUCGUGGGGGUCCAGCACUGCUUUAUCCCUUCCCAGCAGAAACAGGACACCAAAACCUGGACCCCUUCUCCUGGGAAACAGGCAGAGAAGCUGCCCAGCUUCUCCAGCUCAUCCCAACAGCAGGUUAAUGUAUCCCCCUCCUACACACACGAGAUGACCUGAGCCCCAAAACUCUGCUCUGCAAGAUCGCGACAGCGAAGCUUCCCACAAAACGCACGGCUUCUCAUUCCCAGUAUUCCCAAGGAGCUGCAUCUCCUGGUUUGUGAACCCAAUUGCCGCUGACAACAGAUUCCCCAGAGCCUGUGAUGUUCCUUCUUUCCUAACCCCUUCGUAGCUCUUGUUGUUCACUGCAAUAUCCCAAAUCGGAGCUGCGGCCGCGUUGCAUGGAAAAGGAGCAGUCGCCCUUCCCUUGGAUCUGUGCCACUCAUCCUUUUUUAGAGCACAAACAAUCCAACAGCAGCAAAAAGCCACGUUCAGGUGCAAAUGUGUUUGUCUGCUCUCGAUGCCUUCCCUUUUCCUACACCCAAGUUUUGCUCUGGAAGCGUUGGAUACCGGCUGUACUGGGGGUUGGGGGUGAGCACGGGGCCAAAAUCCAGCUGCAGCAAAAUCCAGCACUGCUCCCAAUUUGUUCCAGCAAGGAGGGGAGGGAAAACCCCUCAUAAAGGGCUUGAGGAGAAGAGCCAGGAGAGCUGGGUUAAUGCCCACCCUUCCAAGGGAACUGACUCCACAGCCCAGUUCCAGGGGGAUGAGGAUCCCAAAACAGCAGUGGGGAGCGGGCAACCCCCCUGUGCCAUGAAACCGGGGCACAGAGCAGAGUAACCCUGCAUGGGAGACAUCCCGAGGUCCGCCUCAAACAGCAGAAUGUCCAGUUGAAUGUGAAAUUUCCCUUCCUCUCCCCAUGUGCUCCUUUCCUACCCGGACUGGGGUUUAUUUCCACCCGAGGCGGGGCGUUUUCUGCAGUCUCUGCCUGUCAAGAGCAGCCGUGGGGGCCGUGCAUGGGGGCACUUGGUGCAUGUAAUGCUUUGCCUGGACACUCUUGUGUCCCUGCUGUACCAUCAUCCACCUGGAUGGGAGGGGAAGGAGCUCCCGUGUCCGUGAGUCCCACACAGGGUGGGAACACGGGGGCCAGUCCUGACCCGACCUGCGCUCGGCUCUGGGUAGGCUCGUUUACAGUAGUCCAGUGUCGGUUUUGUAAAGUUUAAUUUUUUUAGCACUUUAACUGUGAGUGUACAAACUGUAGUAGGUGUACAUUUUCGUUUUAGACCUUUGGAAGUUUUUAAUAAAACGUUUGAAACGCC